AUGAGCGACUCGGGACCAAUCCUGUCCGUUGAGUUGGAUCGAGAUCGUCGGUUCUUUGCCCUUGUGCUUGCGAUGACGUCGUCGGUUGGUGCGCGUGGUCGGAUGGAGUGGGGACGUGACGGAGAGGACUACGGCUGUGGAAGUGACGUCGAGGACUUGGAGUUGCAGUUGGUGCGAGGAGGUGGAGGUCGACGAGGUGGAGGACGAGGACGAGGACGAGGAAGAGGAGGAGGCGGACAGGGAAGAGGAGAGGGACGAGGUGCUGCUGUCGACUGA